GGAAUAUCAUAAAUAAAUUCAUAGUAAUUUAUUUGCAAACAGAAUCGAUUCAGAUUCCUUUCUUCCCUCAAUUCCUUUUUGACCUUUUCCCAAAUAACAAUUUUGUAAAAACGUAAAGGAGAAAUGGCCAUAUAAGACUUCUUGAUCCAAAAUUAUCAUCAAAUUGUUGAAUAUUCAGUUCAUAUUCAAAGGGAUUUUCAUGUUCACCAGAAAAAAUAUAACUGGAUAUUGACCUUCAUCCAUCUCACACGCCACCAUCCCACCGGCGGCGGCAAGCCACCAAGUAAUUGCUAUUUGUUCUGAAGUUUAGUUCUAUUACAGUAAUCAGAGGGCUAGGCUUCCACUCUAAGGACUUAAGUGCUAUGCUGGUAGGACUCUUCAAAAAUUUUGAUGGCUAUGGAAGCUGAUAAGUGGGCAAGAUUUUCAGAAGGGACUAGUGAUUCUGAAGGCUAUGGGGAGGAUCCUGAUGACGACGACCAUUGCUGUGCAUAUGGAUCGAGUGACAUACCCAAGUUGCAGUUCAGGAAAAAUGUUUCAAGAUCACGAUGGCUUGAUCCAUUAGGAAUGGCUGAGGUCGUGGAGAGGAAGGGUGGAUUGUGGACAACUACUGGGAUAGUUCGUAAUGGCAAGAUAUACUGCUUCAUUGAAGAGAUUUUAUAUCUUGCCGAAAUUGGGGCUCUACAUCUCUUCAGUAACGAUGAUACACCCCUUUCUCUGGAACAUAUAUACAACAAGGUUGCAGAAGGAAAAAGUGGAUGUUCCUUGGAAUAUUAUGAAGCAUAUAAGCACUUGAAAUCUCUUGGUUAUAUAGUUGGACGUCAUGAUAUUCCCUGGUCAGUAAGAAGGUCAAAAGUAAAUGGUGUUGUUAACCAAGACACACCGGAAACUGCUCAAAGUGGAGAUGAAGAAUCAAGAAACAAUAUUCUCAUCUCUGAAAUGUUUAGUAAUAUGCAAAUUGGUGGAUUGAGACUGGCCUUUGACGUUUACCCUCCUAAUAGCAGAUUCAGAAAGUCUGCACCCGGUGAUCCCUGCUAUGUACUUUGUCUUGCUAGUGAGCAUCCACCUUCCAAAGAAGAGAUUGAAGAUCUUGAGAGACAUUCGCAUGGUAUUCCAUUGAAAUUCUGUCUUGUUGAGCAUGGACGUGUGAGCUUUUUCUCAUUCAACAAAAUUGAGCUCCCUAUCCUUCCAUGAUACCUUCGAGCAACAGAUACAAAUCAUGGCAUUUGCUUAGAAGAGCUAUGGUACAAUUAUGAAUUUUUCGCUUGUGGAUUAUGUGUCGCCAUUAUUUAGAUAGUAAGUAUGUCUGACUAAUGAAACAAGACUCCGUUUACUCAUAAGUUUAAACUGAUCUAUCUAUUUAGAUGAGGUAUAAUGGUAUUUAGCUCUUUUUCUGCUGGACUGCUGUACCAUUUUUAGCUCCUUUGAAUCAGUCUGUUCACAGUUUUAUCAAUUUUAGGGUGAGGAAACUAAUUCCUUUCAUUGUUGCCAA